UUACUUUAUACUCAGGAGGGAAAUUCCAUCCCCACGGAAAACGAGUUUGAAGUGAUGCAACGCCUUGUAUCAUUAAAGGCUGACUACAAAAGGCUUCGUCUUGCCUGGACUGAAGCUAAGGCCGAUCUUCAGGCCAAAGAGACAAAACUGUUGGACUGUGUGCGGCUCUUCCAUCAGGGUAAGCAGCAGGACUGGUGUUGUUAA